GUCUCACCGGCGACAACCAUGAGCCAGAGGUUCACCGUCUCCAAGAGCGACGGCGACCGGCGCCCCUCCGACAUGCAAGGGGAGGUGAACCAGCUGUUUGAGGGAGACGAACCUCCGACCAGCGGUAGCAGCGCGGAGGGGCAGGAUGCAGCUGCCGGUGGUACCGAAACGGUGGUGGUGCUGAAAGGAGACAGUAACCCCAAGGAAAGCAGUCCCUUCAUCAACAGCAGUGAUGCUGCCGCAGAGAAGACUCAGCAAUAUGAUGGCAAGAACAUGGCCUUGUUUGAGGAGGAGAUGGACACCAGCCCCAUGGUGUCAUCUCUUCUCAGCAGCCUGGCCAACUACUCCAACCUGCCCCAAGGUAGCAAGGAGCAUGAGGAGGCUGAAAACAACGAGGCUGAGUCAUCACGCAAGAAACCUGUUAAGGCUCCCCAGCUCGGCACUCUGAUGGGCGUCUAUAUGCCGUGCAUCCAAAACAUCUUCGGAGUCAUCCUCUUCCUUAGGAUGACAUGGUUGGUGGGAAUCGGAGGUGUCAUCGGGACUUUCAUCAUCGUUUUCAUGUGCUGUGCCACAACCAUGCUUACUGCCAUCUCGAUGAGUGCCAUCGCUACCAAUGGAGUAGUGCCAGCUGGAGGUUCCUACUACAUGAUCUCCCGUUCACUGGGCCCUGAGUUUGGGGGAGCGGUGGGGAUCUGUUUCUACCUGGGAACCACCUAUGCUGGAGCCAUGUACAUCCUGGGAGCCAUCGAGCUCCUCUUGAUCUACAUAGUGCCCAAAGCAGCCAUCUUUCCCCUGGAGGGCCUGGAGGGUCCCGAGGCUGAGGCCGCCCUGCUUAAUAACAUGCGUGUGUAUGGGACCAUCCUGUUGGCCUCCAUGGCCACGGUGGUGUUCGUUGGCGUGAAGUAUGUUAACAAGCUGGCACUGGUGUUUCUGGCUUGUGUCAUUCUCUCCAUCCUGGCCGUCUACGCAGGGGUCAUCAAGACCGCCGUUGACCCACCUGUUUUCCCGGUUUGUGUUUUGGGCAAUCGCACUUUGGUGUGGAAGACCUUUGAUAUUUGUGCCAAGACCAUUGAGACAGCCAAUGAGACAGUCACCACCCAGCUGUGGCUGAUGUUCUGCGAUUCACCUUUCCUCAACGCUAGCUGUGACAAAUACUUUACGGCCAACAAUGUGACUGUGAUCCAGGGCAUCCCUGGAGUCACUAGUGGAAUCUUGGCAGAUAACCUGUUUGGGAAUUACUAUGAGAAGGGGGACCUCAUUUCCAGGCCUAAGAUGGAGUCAGUGGAAGACCAGGAUGACGUUCUAACCAAUGCUAACCGCUAUGUGUUAGCUGACAUCACCAGCUUUUUCACAUUGCUGGUUGGCAUCUACUUCCCAUCUGUGACAGGGAUCAUGGCUGGAUCCAACCGCUCUGGAGACCUGCGGGAUGCACAGAAGUCAAUCCCCAUUGGAACAAUUGCAGCCAUCACCACCACCGCCACUGUCUACAUGUCCAGUGUGGUUCUGUUUGGUGCCUGCAUUGAGGGUGUGGUCCUCAGAGACAAGUUUGGAGAGGGCGUCCAUGGGAACUUGGUGAUUGGCACAUUGGCUUGGCCAUCACCAUGGGUAAUUGUGAUUGGCUCUUUCUUCUCCACCUGCGGAGCAGGCCUUCAGAGUCUGACAGGAGCCCCUCGUCUCAUGCAGGCCAUUGCCAAGGAUGGCAUUGUUCCUGCUCUUCGGAUCUUUGGCCAUGGGAAGGCCAACGGAGAACCCACGUGGUCCCUCCUGCUGACUGCCUGUAUCUGCGAGAGUGGCAUCCUCAUUGCCUCCCUGGAUUCAGUGGCUCCCAUUCUCUCCAUGUUCUUCCUGAUGUGCUACAUGUUUGUGAAUCUGGCAUGUGCCCUUCAGACGCUGCUGAGGACACCAAACUGGAGACCACGCUUCAAGUUCUACCACUGGACUCUGUCCUUCCUGGGGAUGAGCUUGUGUCUCACUCUUAUGUUCCUCUGCUCCUGGUACUAUGCCAUCGUCGCCAUGGUAAUUGCCAGUUCCAUCUACAAGUAUAUCGAGUUUGCAGGUGCGGAGAAAGAAUGGGGUGAUGGGAUACGAGGUCUGUCUCUGAGCGCUGCACGUUACGCUCUCAUGCGGUUGGAGGAGGGUCCCCCACACACCAAGAACUGGAGGCCUCAGCUGCUGGUGCUGGUCAGUACAGAUGCUGAGCAAAAUGUGGAGCAGCCUCGUCUUCUGUCUCUGACCAACCAGCUGAAGGCAGGCAAAGGUCUAACCAUUGUUGGGACAGCUCUAGAGGGCAUGUUCUUGCACAACCACGAACAGGCCCAGCGUGCAGAGCAGGCACUGCGUAAGCUGAUGGAGACUGAGAAGGUGAAGGGCUUCUGUCAGGUGACUGUGUCCUCUAACCUGCGUGAUGCUACAUCGCAUCUGCUCCAGGCCAGCGGGCUGGGAGGACUGAAGCAUAAUGCUGUCCUGGUUUCAUGGCCACGCAACUGGAAGCAAGGAGAUGAGCAUCAGCACUGGAGGAACUUUAUUGAAUUGGUCAGAGAAACCACCGUCGCUCACUUGGCUCUGCUCGUCCCGAAGAACAUCUCAGCCUUCCCGUCCAACGGCGAGCGUUUCACCGAGGGUCACAUUGAUGUGUGGUGGAUCGUCCAUGAUGGAGGCAUGCUGAUGCUACUGCCCUUCCUCCUCCGCCAGCACAAGGUCUGGAGGAAGUGCAAGAUGCGCAUCUUCACUGUGGCCCAGAUGGACGACAACAGCAUCCAGAUGAAAAAGGACCUGACCACAUUCCUCUAUCAUCUCCGUAUUGAUGCUAUGGUGGAAGUUGUAGAAAUGCAUGACAGUGACAUCUCAGCCUACACUUACGAGAAGACCCUGGUGAUGGAACAACGCUCGCAGAUGCUUAAACAGAUCAAUCUGACAAAGAAUGAGCGUGAGCGAGAGAUCCAGAGCAUCACUGAUUCAUCCCGUGGGUCUAUCCGGCGUAAGAACCCAGCUGCUGUAACCACCCAACUGAGUGUGACUGAGGACCCACCUGCUGCCAGCAAGGACGAGAAGCCCGAGGAAGAGUCAAAGUCGGCCUCUUCCCCUGUGUCCCCCCCUGCCCAGGUCCAGCUCAUCCAUGACAAUACCACCCCAGCCAGUCCUGCAACCCCAGCUACCCCCCUGACCCCUGGAGAGGGGGCUCAGAGCCCUGGGGCGCAGGUCCAGAUGACCUGGACUGAGAAGUGUGAUGGUGAGCCAGCCAAGCCGCCUGGAGCAGCCACACCAGAGGGCAUCAAAGACAUCUUCAACAUGAAGCCUGAGUGGGAGAACCUGAACCAGUCAAAUGUGCGACGUAUGCACACAGCACUCCGGCUGAAUGAGGUCAUUGUUAAAAAGUCUUCAGAGGCCAAACUAGUCCUCCUCAACAUGCCAGGGCCACCCAGGAACCGAACAGGUGACGAAAACUAUAUGGAGUUUCUUGAGGUCCUCACUGAGGGCCUAAACCGAGUCCUCCUAGUCCGCGGAGGCGGCCGCGAGGUCAUCACCAUCUACUCCUGAAAGAGCAAAUCUCUUCCCCCUUAUUACCACCCCUCUUUCAGCCCUGCUCCUGUGUCACCUGUAUCCAAAUCCUUCCAUCAGUGCUUAUCAUGUUGUUCUUACUGUUUAUUUCUGUGACAUAGUUCUCUCACGCCCAACCGAAUAACCCAGCUCAGCUUCAGCACCUCUCCCUCAGCUCCAUCCCCAGUGAACUGGCGAGCAGUAUCACAUGCUAAGCUACUUUAACUCCAGCCAAAACACUACUAUAAAUAGUGUGGGCUCUCAACUGAAUUAGAUGCCAUCUAGAUUUGUUCUUGGAUACUUUUUUUUUUUUGCUUUGCGAGAUUGCAAUUUACCACAUUAACUCGCAGUGAGUCGUAGUCACUCGGUCAAGGAGGAGGGGGUGAUGGGGCGUGCAUGGGUUGUUAGCUGAGGUGUGAGCGCACAUGCAUGUAUGUGUCUUUAUUUGUGUAGAUUUUUUUUUUCUCCUUUUUUCUGUUCAAACACAAAUGUGGCAGAGAUGCAGCUUCUCCUCGGAGAGAACGAGAGCCAGCUGAAAUGAGAUCAAUGUAGGAUUGUCUGUUCAGUUCGCUCGUGGUGAUCGGACACCUCCCACAGCGUUCCGGCCUGCUGUCUUCGAUGUGAAUAACCAUUCAAGGCAAAAGACACUUCUACCCACAGGCAGUAUCACCUGCCGGAGGAAGUAUGUACGUGUAAUUCACAGUGGCAUUUGAAGACUCAAAUGGCAUGUGGCUCAGACUUGCAGGAUCUUUUCUUUAACCUGAUCGCUCUUCAGCAUAUCAUCCUUUCAACUGUUUUUGUGUUUUUGCUCCACUUGUUCGGUUGAUUCCAUCACCUGCACUCCUUUCAGCUCAUUUCUUAGUGGCUGUUUUAUCCCUGUGGCCACUGUUAGUGCCAAAAAAGUACAAGGCUAGCUUAGUUUGUUGAGAUUGACACACAAUUAAA